AUGGAGCCAGGAGAGGAGCCGGGGCCCUUGGAUGCAGAGGAAGGGGAGAGUCUGCAAGGAAUCUGCACAGCAGAGGAUGGGGCGGUGAAUGUAAAGGAGGAGAAUUGUCCACAGGGGGUGGUGUUGGGAAACACCGAAGGGAACGUUUGCCAGAUUCCUGAGCAGGUGGCGGCCUCCCAUCAGAGAAUCAGCCCUGGUGAGAAACCCUUUAACUGCCUUGAGUGUGGCCAAAGCUUCAGUGUGAGCACAGACAUUGGUAGACAUCAGAGGAUCCAUACCGGGGAGAGACCCUUUAAAUGCCUUGAGUGCGGGAAAAGCUUCUGUCAGAGCUCGCACCUUAUCACCCAUCAGAGGAUCCACACUGGAGAUAAACCCUAUAAAUGCCUCAACUGUGGGAAAAGCUUCAGUGCAACAUCCUACCUUAUUAAACAUCAAAGAAUCCACACAGGAGAGAGACCCUUUAGGUGCCUUGAGUGCGGGAAAAGCUUCAAUCGCAGAUCAAUCCUUCUUACCCAUCACAGAAUCCACACAGGGGAAAGACCCUACAAAUGCCCCGACUGUGGGAAAAGCUUCAGUGUGAACUCAGAUCUCAGUAGACAUCAGAGAAGUAUCCAUAGGGGAGAGAAACCCUAUAAAUGCCUCGUCUGUGGGAAACUUCAGCAACAGCUCAUGCCUUACUAG